UAAACAUCAUUUAAUUAAUUAAAUCACAACAAAAUCCUAUUAUUAUGGCAAUGAAAAGAGAAAUAUCAGCAAACUCACUAGCCGGGCUAGACAUAGCAGGAUCCUUCUUUACACCAAUCCAACACGCCGCCCCACCAUCCCCAACCAAACGCCACAUCAAAAUCUCCAUCAUUGGCACCGGCAAUGUCGGCAUGGCCAUCACACAAACUCUCCUUACCCAAGACUUAGCCGACGAGCUCGCCCUCGUCGACGCCCUCCCCGACAAACUCCGCGGCGAGAUGCUCGACUUGCAACACGCCGCUGCGUUUUUACCUCGUACUAAGAUCGUCGCAUCCACGGACUAUUCCGUGAGUGCGGGAUCUGAUCUUUGUAUUGUUACUGCCGGGGCUCGUCAGAUACAUGGCGAGUCCCGACUUAAUCUUGUUCAAAGGAAUGUUAGUUUGUUUAAGAAUAUUAUUCCUCCUUUGGUUGAGUUUUCCCCUAAUGCUAUUUUGAUUAUUGUUUCUAAUCCUGUUGAUGUUUUGACUUAUGUUGCAUGGAAAUUGUCUGGGUUUCCUUCGAAUCGGGUUAUUGGGUCGGGUACUAAUCUCGAUUCCUCACGGUUUCGGUUCUUGAUUGCUGAUCAUUUUGAUGUCAAUGCCCAGGAUGUUCAGGCCAUGAUAAUUGGGGAGCAUGGGGACAGUUCAGUGGCACUAUGGUCAAGAGCAACAAUAGGAGAAGUACCACUUCUAUCAUUUCUAAACACCAAUAAAAUAACAUACAACAAACAAAGUCUAAACGAGAUUCAUAAUGAAGUUAUAAAUUCAGCCUAUGAAGUGAUUAAAUUAAAGGGUCAUACAUCUUGGGCCAUCGGGUACUCAGUUGCUAACUUGGCCCGGUCCAUUUUAAGGAACCAAAGAAGGAUUCACCCUGUUUCUGUGCUUGUUACUGGGUUUUAUGAUAUUCAUGGUGGUGAAGUGUUCCUUAGCUUGCCUUCUUUGCUUGGAAGAAAUGGAGUUUUGAAUGUCAUUAAUAUGCCUCUUACUGAUGAAGAAACUCAACUUCUUAGAAAUUCUGCUUCCUCUAUAUUGGAAGUGCAAAACCAACUUUUAAUAUGAUGAAUUGAUG